GUCAGCAGCAGCAGCCCAUAGUUCCGAAAGUUGCCGCGAGAGGCGCUACUCAUCCCUAAAGGUAAAAAGCUCAGGAGAGUGUGUACGGCGAAGUGGUCGGAUUUUGCCCUUAUUUCUCAGCGGAUUAGUGUAUUAGAAAUCUUAAUUCACAAUGGCCGAAGAGGAAGAAGUCCACAUUGAGCCAGUCCCUGAUGUUGACGAAGAAUCCGCUUACAAACCCCCGCCACAGAAAUCGUUGGAGGAGAUGAUUCAGCAAGACACAGAUGAUCCGAGUCUGAUCAAAUACAAAGAAACCCUGCUAGGCAACUCUGCAUCGGGUGCUGUCGUCUUAGCCGCGAAUCCUAAAAGAGUUCUUGUGCGGAAGUUAGUACUGGUUGCAGAAGAGCGCCCCGAGAUGGAACUGGAUUUAACGGGAGACUUGGAUAAACUGAAGGAUGAGGCAUUCACUAUAAAAGAAGGCAUAUCUUACAAGAUCCGAAUUGAAUUCCACGUUCAAAGGGAAAUCGUGACCGGAUUAAAGUACGUCCAACGCACCUUCAGGAAGGGUAUCUUAGUUGACAAGAUGACACAGAUGGUUGGUUCUUAUGCACCCAAAACAGAGAUUCAGUCCUAUACAACCCCCAUGGAAGAUGCUCCUUCUGGGUUACUUGCUCGAGGAAAUUACACCAUCAAAUCCCUCUUCACUGACGAUGAUGGAAACGAACACCUGAAGUGGGAGUGGUCCUUCCAGAUAAAGAAGGACUGGAACUAAAUGAAAGUUUGAAAAGUAAAGGAGAUUGUACAGGAAGAAGAGCUUUUGGUAAAUAGUUCAUGUCCGUGCAUAAAUUGGUUUCACUAUUCAGAGUGGAUGUGAAUUUAUUAUGACAGACAUUUGGUGCCCUAGGUCGGUCCUUCAGUUCAGUUGUACUCUUUUCUUUUAGAGAGUGGCUCAGUAUGCAGGCAAGAUUCUAAAGAUUCUAAAGAUUCUAAGAGCUGGCAGAGUUGAAGGAUAUGGGGCAUUGCCAGACAAUAGGAAAAAACAUCAAUCUACAUAUGUUAGCCUGUCAAAAUGCUUGUUUACAAGUUUUAAUUUAGUCCAUGUAGGCAUUCCAAGGCAUGGUAUUUCUGGUUUUGCGCUCUCCAUGCUGUUUGAUAAC